AUGGCGUGGUUAUUUCCCGAGGACUUUGGGGAGGAGUAUCGCCGCCAGACUCAGUUGCUUCGACUGGCCGCCCUGGCCUCGGGCUUUCUGGGCCUCAUAUUUCUGGUCGUGCACCAUGCCACUCCUUACACGCUCCCGUACCUGCUCCCCGUCAUCUGGUCCGUCGUUGACGGCACUGCUCUGGUCCGAGAGAAAAGCAUCCACCCCCUGAUUCGAGUCAUCUGCGACUUCCUCUCUGCCAUCUUUCUGGUCUUCGACAUCCCCGUGAUGUUUUUCAUGGGUCUCAUCUACAUGAGCUUCCUGACUUUUGUCAUGGGCGUGUUGUUCAUGGCCGCCGUGUGUACCCACGGUUUACUAUCAUUUCGAGCCGGCGUGGAGUUUUGGCGGCAAUCGCGACUUCUCGGACGCGUCCAGUUGCCGGUCUAG